GUUGGAUGUGCGCGCUCCCCACUCGCAUCCCGAAACCGCCUCAAAAACUGUUGAGAUGGGGAGGAUCAGGAAAAACCACUUUGGGAUUUUGAUUUUUUCGCUUCUGGUCACUUUUGUCUGGACUCAGAGCGUUAAGGAUCUAAAAGAUCCCAGCAACAUGCCGCUGGUCAAAGAGACGGUGGACAGACUGCUGACCGGAUACGACAUUCGAUUGAGGCCUGAUUUUGGAGGUGCACCAGUGGCCGUGGGUAUGAACAUAGACAUAGCCAGCAUAGACAUGGUGUCCGAAGUCAACAUGGACUACACCUUGACCAUGUACUUCCAGCAAGCGUGGCGGGAUAAGCGGCUCUCCUACUCCGAGAUCGCCUACAACCUCACUCUGGACAACCGAGUGGCCGACCAGCUGUGGGUCCCGGACACCUACUUCCUCAACGACAAAAAGUCCUUUGUUCAUGGCGUCACCGUCAAGAACCGGAUGAUCCGCUUGCAUCCCGAUGGCACCGUGCUUUAUGGACUCAGGAUCACCACCACGGCAGCCUGCAUGAUGGACCUGCGCCGUUACCCUCUCGACGAGCAAAACUGCACCCUGGAGAUCGAAAGCUACGGCUACACUACAGACGAUAUCGAGUUCUAUUGGCGAGGGGGAGAAGGUGCCGUUUCUGGCGUUGACAGGAUCGAGUUGCCACAGUUUUCCAUCGUCGACUACAAACUCAUCUCCACGAAGGUGGUCUUCUCCACAGGUUCCUAUCCCCGGCUGUCCCUCAGCUUCAAACUGAAGAGGAACAUUGGUUACUUCAUCCUGCAGACAUACAUGCCUUCCAUCCUGAUUACCAUCCUCUCCUGGGUCUCCUUUUGGAUCAACUACGAUGCCUCUGCUGCCAGAGUGGCCCUGGGGAUCACCACGGUGCUGACCAUGACCACCAUCAACACACACUUGCGAGAGACGCUCCCGAAGAUCCCUUACGUGAAGGCCAUAGACAUGUACCUGAUGGGCUGCUUCGUGUUCGUCUUCCUCGCCCUGCUGGAGUACGCCUUUGUCAACUACAUCUUCUUUGGCCAGGGCCCGCAACGGCAGAAGAAAGCCGCCGAGAAGGCAGCCACGGCUAAUAAUGAAAAGCUCAGACCCGACCCCAACAAGUGGCUGGUGGGAAAUGUAGUUCAGAGAGAUGAUGCUCUGUAUGCCAGAAUGAAACAGAGGGAAAUUGACGCGUAUGACUCGAUGUGGGAUCCCAUCUUUGUGGACGAUGCCGCAUUAGGACUAGGCGAGCAAAGAAAUAAGAUGACUCCCGACGACAACAUCCUCUUCAGCACUCUGGAGAUGAAGAAUGAAAUGGGGGGAGCCGGAGAUCUGUCUCGGGGUUUGGGAGCGCCCGGAGACCCCCGCAAUACCAUGCUGGCCUACGACAGCUCCACGCUGCAGUACCGCAGGGCGGCCAUGGCCCGCCAGAACUAUGGCCACAGCGCCUUGGAGCGCCACGCUCAGAAGAAGUCGCGCCUACGGAGACGGGCUUCGCAGCUCAAGGUGAACAUCCCGGACUUGUCCGACGUGAACUCUAUCGAUAAGUGGUCCAGGAUGAUCUUCCCCACCGUCUUCUCCUUCUUCAAUGUGGUCUACUGGCUCUACUACGUUCAUUAAGCCCGGCCGCCAUCUUGAGGCAGGCGCGCGAAGAUGGGAAGCGGGGAAUUUAGCGGGAAUAGCGAGACGGUGUGUUUACGUGAAUGAGAGAGAAUCGGCGCAGCGCCUUUCAGCGGGUUCCUUUUAGACGACUCGAGAAGAAUGCAAAGACAUUUUUGGACAGACGAGCAGCAGCAGCAGCACCAACACUUCUGUGACUCUUCUAGCAUUUGGGAAACACCUUCUGCGGAUCGGACAAACACUUUAAAAACAAGAGUUUUCAAAGGACAGUAAUGGUGCGAGAAUUUCAAUAUAUCACUAAUACUUGUCAUUCGUAGCUUACUCUCUGUGGAUCAAAUAUUUAUGCUUGUGUUUGCAUAUACUUUAAGGAUUUGUUUCGUUCAGUAUCUAUUUACUUGGUAGCCGAGCCGUCUGCAUCCGGGAAAGCUUUAUAAAUCAUUUUAAAGGAGUCAAGUCUAUUUUCCUAUAAUUACUGUAAAUCCAAAAAAAAAAAAAAAAAAAACAUCCUUUAAAACGCAUGCUCACGUUUUGAUUUCAUUUGCAUCUCAUUUGUGAUGGAAACGAUAGCGAGGACAUCGCGCAAAGGGUAAGCGGGGAAGUUGGAAAAAGAAAAGCACCUACGGAUGAAAAAGGGUUGCCGUGGCAAUGCUGGACCGAACAAGAAAAAAAAAAAAAACAUACGAUGGACAUUGCGAGAAGAAGCGACAUUGUUGGACAUUUUCACAUCUUUUGUUUUUGCUUUUUGCUUUCGCAGCACGGACCAGAUCAAGUCCAUUUCACCGUGUUUAGCUUUUUUUUUUUCUCGAACAAAAAAUAACAUUUGACUCUUCCUUACUUUAUGCCGUGGUAAGAAGAGUUUUGGAGGCGAGGAAUGACUUUAGCAGGACAAACCGGUGGUAGAAGAUGUGAAUUGGCUGCCCUUUCAUUGCAACGAGUACCUGCAUAAACAUGGCGUCAUUCCACAAUCAUCUUUAACAGUAGAAUUGAAUGAUAGAAGUAUGACACGUUUCAUUGUGGUUAGGUUUCUGUUCUGACAAAAAAAAAAAACACCGUGUAGAUAAAUAUAAAUCAUAUGAAAAGAAAAAAAAGAGAUUCAUUUUUAUAAAUCAAUACUCACGUGUAAAUAUCAAUUUAUUCUAUUUAACUGUUGUUGUUUUGCAGUUGAAUUACACAUAAAUAAUUUUCCAUUCAGUCAAGAAAAAAAGAGAGGAAGAAAGGAGCAAUUCAAUAGAGAUUUAAAAAAAAAGAGACAAAUGAAACACCAAUUCGCAACUUUGCUGUUAAUGUGCUUUUUGGACUUUUUCUUUCUUUUUAAUGGAAUGAAUGAAGCGCACCUCCUUGCUGAAACUGAAGCACUUCCAGACACCAGUGGCUACCGGGUCCAUGUUUUGUUCUCUGCAAACGACUUAACACAAGGACCCUUGCGAUCCAGGCAUUGAAGUCAGGCAUAUUUUGUACAAAGUUUAUGUAAAUUCCAAUUGUAAUAUUUCAUAAAGACUGUAAAUAUGUUGUGUAAUGAUUGUCAACAACUAUGAAGAUGUAUCUAAAUUCAAUUAAAUCUCAAUACAGUCCAUCACUUCAAUAACAAAAUGCAAGGUGGCAUUUUCUUGGCUGGCCUCACACUAAUAAGAUGAUUGAUUAUUCCUUCAUUGGGCACUCACAGACAAGAUUGGAAACUCUUCUUCCUGAUUAGUUUCAAUUUGAUGAGUUACUUUUUAACGCCGCUACAUCCCCAGUUUAAUUGUGCAAUCACAUUAAUUCACUCAUUUAUUUUUACUUCCCCUUUAGAAUCUUUUUCUUUUUCUUUAAUAGA